CUCUCUACAUAUACAUACACCAACACGUUUUCUACUUCGACCGCCAUUAACAACAAUACCUCUCUCUCUCUCUCUCUCUCUCUCAAACACACCUGUUUUGCUCAGCGUUUUAGUGGCUUGAACACCGAAUCGAAAUGUUCUACUCUCACCAGCUCCUGGCUCGGAAAGCCCCGCUCGGCCAGAUAUGGAUGGCAGCGACAAUGCACGCGAAAAUCAAUCGGAAGAAGCUUGACAAGCUCAACAUCAUCAAAAUCUGCGAAGAGAUCCUAAAUCCGUCGGUUCCAAUGGCUCUUCGACUCUCCGGAAUUCUCAUGGGAGGAGUAGUGAUUGUCUACGAACGAAAAGUAAAACUCCUUUUUGAUGACGUGAAUCGCUUUUUGGUGGAGAUAAACCAGGCGUGGAAGGUUAAAUCCGUACCGGAUCCGACCCUCCUCCCCAAGGGCAAAUCUCAGGCAAAGUUCGAAGCUGUUACAUUACCUGAUAACAAUCAAGAUGCAGACCUUGGAGAGAUUGAGCAGUCCCUCAAUUACACUAACACAAUGAUGGGGUUCCAGGAAACCGCCUAUGUCGCAAUGCGAUUAGACAAUGUGGAUGAGCCCUAUAUUAACAACGAUCCGAGGGAAGAAGCUCAAUCCGAGCAAUACCAUCAAGCUGAUGCCGCCAAUAUCACGUUAUUUGACCGAUUUGAUUCAUAUCAGACUGAUGCCAAUCGUUACAGUCGCUUUGAGAGGUUUGACAUUGAAGGGGAUGAUGAUGAGACACAGGCAAAUUUUACGUCUCAAGAACGCACACAAAUUCCGAGUUCUCUGAUACCAUCUCCACCCCUUCCUUCUGAGCCUCAAAAACCUGAUGAAAUCCUGGACCAGCAUCCUGAAGACCAGGUUUAUCACCAACCUGAUGGGGGAAAGGCAGCUAGUCAGCCCCAACAGGAUCUCCAGAGGCAAGGACCAACACGAAGGAAGGCAAGGAAGCCUGCAGCCUAUGCCAUGGAUUAUGUGCAAACUAUCAUUCCUGGACACAUAUACCAGUCCUGGCUUCAGAGUGCUUCUGAUAUUGUGUCAAGAAGAGGAAGAAAAAGAAAGCAUUUCAAUGCCAUGUCUACCAUGAAGAUAGGCAACCUCAUGGAUUUGCCUCCCACAGUACUACUCUGUGGGCUCUUUACAACUGGAAAUAGAGAAGUACAUUACCCAGCACCUCUUUUGGAACUAUGGGUUAGAAGUACCCAACCUCCACAUGAUUCACCUUCAUGGAAGACAUCCCCACCCCAGCCACCAGAACCUUCUGCAUCAUCACCUGCAGAUAGAGUUCAUUAUAACGACUCAAUGGGAUUUCCUUGUGAAGAUGUGCAUGGUGGACUUAGCUCCCAUUCAAUGGGAGUUUCCAUAGAGAAGCAACGGACAAAUGUCAAUGUUAAUGCGAUACCAACUGAAGUCCUCAUGGAGGAGCUAAGAAACAACCUUGUGAACGAUGGUGUGAGAGUGAAUGAAGCCAAUGUGAUGGUCACGCCCGGAAACUCUGGAGAUGAAGUAAGAUCUAUUCCCAGUUCAGGAUCUGGGCAUGGGACCUCAGGCAGGUCCAACAAAAAGAGGCCUUAUUCUUCGUCCAUACACAGUGGUAGCAGCCUUGAAACAGUAGCUGAGGAGAAUCCAUGGCAGCACCCAGACCCAAAUUUCAAGUUAGCCAGACUAUCUGAAAAUGGCCUGACACCUGAGAAUGAUCUUUUGGUGGAAACUGGACCUACACAAACCCAACAGCCAAUCUUGAAUCCAGCCACUGAUCAGAUAACCAACUCUAUUCGAAUGCAGCUGAAGACUCAUUUCGAGACACCAGGAUCCUCUCAAAAGGAAUCCCUAAACCAGCUAGCCUUUGGGAUGAACAAAAUAAGAGCAGCCCAUCUCUUCUAUCAAACUUGUGUUCUAGCCUCUCGUGAUUUCGUAAGAGUUGAGCAACAUGUGCCAUAUGGGGAUAUUCUCAUUUCUAGAGGGGCAAAGAUGUGAUACAGUAGAAAAUAUGUUAAUUUGGGCGCAAUUUUGCUAUUUAGUCUCAAGAAGCAAUGGAUGUGACUUCUUGAGAGAUACACUUAUGUUUUCGUGAACAACUGAGGCCAAAUUUCUGGCAAGUACUUAGUAAUCUAGUCUUAUCUUGCAUGAUUAAGUGUCAGUCUGUCAUAUAUUCUUGUAAUUUUCAGCAGUUAGUUUGGAGUUUUGUGUUGCAUAACUGUUGGAAUUCGAACUGUAUUACGCAAGAAUUUUAGGUUUGGAAAACAGCCAUAAUUUGUUCUUCCUUCUAAUGUUACACGAGUCUUCUCACU